AUGAAAACUGCUGAAAGAUAUGAGAAGACUCCUGUUAUUUUGGGACCCAUGUUGGUUGGAAUUAAUACGUUGGCAAACUUUGGAAUCAUGUACAAUAUAUUCAAAGAUGAAUCGUUUAGCGAUCCUUCAGUUUCAUUUUCAGUUUAUCCACCAGCGGCAGCUCAGAAGACAAUUCAAUCGAUUAAAGCCCUAACUUCCACUGAUCCGUGUGAUGUUUCCAUCAAUCCAUUCUAUCAUAAAAUUCUGGUCUCUACAGUUUCAUUCCUUCUAACUCUCUCCACAUCCUUCCCAUUUUCUAUCACAAUCGAACGAUAUUAUUCUAUGAAAACUGCUGAAAAAUAUGAAAAGACUCCAGUUAUUUUGGGACCCAUAUUGGUUGGAAUCAAUGUUCUAGUUAAUUUCGGGAUUAUUAUCAAAGUCUUCAAGGAUGAGUCGUUUAGUGAUGCUGCAGUUUCUUUUUCAGCAUAUCCCGCGGCACCGGCACAAACGAUGUUCACUUUCUUCGUCAUCCUCUUCUUCCUCAAUUUAAUCGAUGUCCUCUUCGAUAUAAUCCUCCUCCGACAGAAUCUUCGACUCAAAAAACUUCUGACCAACUCCUCUCUUACCGCCAAAUAUCAAUUGGAAGAAGUAUAUCAAUCGACUAAAUUUUCAGUUUUUCUGAUUCUAAUCCAUAUUAUUUCAUUCGGAAUCUAUGUCUCGGCUGUGAUUUUCUUCAGAUAUUUCGGUACUUUGAUAAUUUCUGAUCCAUAUUAUUUGUUCGGUGUGAGGGCGACGUCUACGACAAUGAUUCCAACAUAUCACCUUCUCCUGGGUGUUUUCUCAAUUCUAUUCUUGAAUCGGAUCAAAUCAAAAAAGUCAGAAGGAGCCACUAUUCAAAUGUCAUCAACCGGCAGGAGUGGAGCUAAUAAUUAUGAUCAAGCGAUAUUUAGUAUCUGGAAUUCUGUUUCAAAUACUGCAGCUUGA